AAAAAUUAUUUCCCUCCUCACUCUGGCUGUGUCUUUCUUUCACUACCUCUCUCCACGUGGUAAGCAGUCGGGAUGAGGGUGAAAAGGGAGCAUUGUGCCUCCAGUCAGUGGCCUUAUGUGUUGGAGAGGCUCUGAGAGGGUGAUGUUCACUCAGCUGUGCUCCCUCUACGCCAUUGUUGCAAAUUCCACCAAAUUCAGCUGCUCUGUUUACUGAGCUCACACAGGAGCCUGUUUUAGAGGUGGCGGGAGCACCAUGAAACCUCACUCACCUUGAAUAGACUUGGAUAUGCAUGUGACAAGGUGGCCUCUGACACAAUAUGUUUGGGUUAAUGUCAAGAAAAAAGCAGAUAUCAUUUAUCCGAGCCUGCUUUGGCUUUUGCGCCCACCUGUGCAUAGAGUUUCCUUCUGUUCGGCACAGGAAAACACACAGUGAAAAACACACAGUGAGGUUCAGAUUUUAUAUGCUCAUAUGAGUAAUCGAAAGCUUAGGGAAAGGCCUUUAUGUGAUGAACUUGAGCGUCAAUGUAUGAGGGUUUACUAAAGAGAGGCAGUGGACUCUUGGCUCAAAAGAAGGGGUGUUCACUCGCUAUUUGAAUGCAAAGUAGUGGAUGAACAAGUGAGCUGUGUGUGUGUGUGUGUGUGUGUGUGUGUGUGUGGAGAAGGAGGGCCAACGGUGAGUUUUGAGAAAAGGGAGACAUGUUGAGAGAAACUGUCACACAUGCCUCUUUGGCACCUCUGUCUUUCUUUGCACCACAAUGCCACCAACGUGGACACGCUUCAUUGAGACUAAUCAAUCCAGAGGAUCCACUGUCACAGUUUUGGAGAUGAUACCUUAGUUCUUCUUCCUUUUUUUCCUCUAAGUAAUUUAGAUACCUACUUUUUUCAGUGUGCAGGGAGACAGAAUAAAAGUUGUGUGUUGGCCAAUGUGCCCCUGCGUCGGUCCCAUCCUGCUGAAGCAUGUCCCGUCGGAAACAGAAACGACCCCAGCAGCUUAUGAACCUGACCCUCGGUGCCUGUCGGAUACUUGAGCAUGAUGACAGCUUGGCAGUGAAGUCACACUCCUUUCAAUUGAUGCUGGAUUCUCCCUUGUGCUCUCCAUCGUCCUCUCUUCAAAGUUCCCAGCUGCCCAUCACUCUCCAUUCAUCUUUCAAGGGCUCUCAGACCCCCCCUUUACCCACUGAAGAUCCACCGAUAUCCUGCUCACCGAGCCAGCAGCUCAAAGACCCAAAGCCCUCCCUCUCUCCUGACUUUCCUGACUCAUCCCUCUCUUCUCAAAAUCAGCAUCUUCCUGCCCUCCAACUGUCUGGCUGCAUUGCUACGUCUUCUGCAAGUGCCCUCAUCCACCCUUCCCGAAGUGCACACAUGGCCUCUCCCAAGUUGGGGCUGUCAGCCACCACCACCACCUCUUCUUCCUCCUCAUCCUCCUCCGCCUCCCUGUGUCCUCCACCACACCCUGGAAGCCCCAGCCGUGUUCCUGAGGGCCCCCCAAGUCCUGUUACCCCCACUCCCAGCCCAGGAGUGACAUCUGCCUCAGCUGCACCCUCUAGGGCCCAACUGAGCAUUGCCCUAAUCCUGGAGGAGCUCCGGGUGCUACAGCAAAGGCAAAUCCAUCAGAUGCAAAUAACAGAGGAGAUCUGUAGACAGGUGCUACGCCUUGGAGGAGCCUCCUAUACCAUAGAUACACCCUCCCAGCAUCUUCUCCCUCCCCUGCCACAGCUCUGCCUGGAAGGUAGCAAAAGGGCAGCCAGCCCAACUACCCAGCCAACUGCAACCCAGCCAUCCACCUCUGUUGCUCCUCUCCUGGCAUGUUUCUCCUCCCUGCUCCCUUCUCAGGGAGCUAACAAACCCACAAAGCCAAGCAGUUCCUUGUCUCAAAUCCUGCAGCCCCACAAGCCCCAGAUGGAAGGGACAGGAGGGACUGCGGGGCCUCAUGGUUAUCUGAGGGUGAGUUCUCGAUCCUCAGCUCCCUCCACCUCUUCUUCUGCUGCCAUCUCCAUGGCUUCCUCUACCUAUCCUCUAGCCUUGUCCUUAGCACUGCCCAACCGCUAUCUUCAUGAGAAAUCUCCAAAUACCACUUCAGUGAGUGGGUUCCUAAACUCAUCCCUCCCCACAACAGUAUCUAUGGUGCCAAACUCCCCAAAUGCUCUGCAGUCUUUCUCUGGAGGAACAGACUCUUCCUCUGCCUCCAGCUCCACCAGUUCUGGCCGCCUCCAACAUGCCUGCCGCUUCUGUGGAAAAAUGUUUAGCAGUGACUCUUCCCUACAGAUACAUCUACGCUCACACACAGGGGAACGGCCCUACCAGUGUCCAGUGUGCCUCAGCCGCUUCACCACACGAGGCAACCUCAAGGUGCACUUCCUACGCCACCGUGAGCAAAACCCGGAGCUCUCACUUUCACUCCUGCCACCUUCUUUAUUUGGGGUAGCAUUGGGGGCCACUGGGGGAUCAGAAAUGGGACAGACCAUGAGCAGUGGUAGCAGUACUAGUGGCAUGAAUAUGAUACAAAAGAAGCCAAAAUGCAGGCCUGAGGAUGAAACAUGUGGAGAUAAUGUUGAGGCCAGUGGUACUAGCACUGGUUUUUCUCUGGGAGCCUCUGGAGGAUCUACCCCUUCCACCCUACCCCUGCCCCCUAGUGUUGACCUGGCUUUGAUUUCCCACUCUCUCCUGCAGCUCAAUAGGGCUGCAGCUGUAGCCGCUGCAGCCUCUAUCACCUCUGGCUCAUCCCACUCAUCUUCCUCCUCAACUUCCACGUCUUCUCUGGCUACCUCCCUCCUCUCCAACCCUUCCUUGUCUUCGUCUUCCACCAUCACAGGGUUAUUCAAGGGUGCCAAACAACAGCACUUUGAUGAGAACACUCCCCCUCACGUCCCAAUGCUUUCUCCUGCUGCAUACUCCCAGCUAGCCCACCUACCUAAGCUCCUUUUCCCAUCUGUCUCUACUUCCUCAUCUACCCCUGCAGCACACCCAUCCCUCUACAACCAUCCAGCCUUGGGCUUGCUACGCACCCCACUACCCUCUACUCCAGGCUCCCACCAACUUGCUUCUUCCAGCCAUUCUCAGCUUUCUUUCCCCUUCUCUUCAUUUCCUAAAGUCCCAGGUCCAACCACCAGCACUCCAUCCUCCCUGCCCUCCUCCAUGGCUACCUCCACUCCUACAUCUGAAACCUCCAAGCUGCAGAGGCUGGUGGAGAAGCUGGAGAAGGCACCCUGCUCCUCUUCUCCUUGGACAUCAUCCUCUGCUUCCUCCUCCAUGCUUGAGAUGUUAUCUAGCAGUGCCACUACCUCUUCAAGUUCAGCCAACAGUCGUUUCACAAAUGCCAGCACUUCGACCACGUACGUCAUGGCAUCCCCACCAUCUUCAACUCUCGCUUCCACUUCUGUUUCAAACUUCACCCAUGAGAUGGUUGCUGCCCUGGGCAUGAGUGCCAAUGGAGCAAGUGCAAUGGCGGGGGGCUUGCUACCAUCACUAAGCAUCACAGGUCCAGCUGGUAACCUGACAACCAAUCAGUGUGGAGUGUGUCUACGAGUUCUGAGCUGUCCUAGAGCACUGCGUCUGCACCAGGCUACGCACCUUGGAGAACGCCCUUUUCCAUGUAAGAUAUGUGGCAGAUCCUUCUCAACCAAAGGCAGCUUGCGAUCACAUUUGGCCACCCAUCAUGCUCGACCACCUAAUGCACGUGUCCAGAACUCUUGCCCACUGUGCCAGCGAAAGUUCACUAAUGCCCUAGUGCUCCAGCACCACAUCCGUAUGCACCUUGGUGGACAGUUGCCCACAGAUGGCACAGAUGAUUCUGCACAUGAGAUGCAAGCUGAAUCUAAUGCCAAACCCUUGUCACAAUCACAAUCCCAGCCCACUGACCCAAAUACUGUCUCAAGUAAAACACCUCCUCUAGCAGGCCAUUCCAAGAGCCCAAAUCCAAGCUCACCAUUUCAAACUCCAGCAGUUGGUUCAGUCCCUGUAUCUGGCAGUACGAAAUCGGUUGAGUUUACCAAAAACCCCAGUAAAUCUGGGUCCUCCAGCCCAGACCUCAUCCCCCCUGCUGACCUUAGCCCUGACCCCUUCAUGAAUCCCACCACACAAACUCCACCACCAGGCAGUGUAGAACCCCCUGUUCUUUGUGUCAGUGCCCCCUUGCCAGCCUCCCAGCAGACAGCUCAAGCUUCCCCAGUUGGCAAAGACAACCAAGCUGAACAAGCCACUGCUGACAUCCAUCUUCCUAAAUCCACCCCCUCACCAAUAUCCUCCUCUGUCACCAAAACCACGGUGUUAUCUAAUGCUAUGGUAUUGGACUGCAGAGAGGAUGAAGCACCUACCUCCUCCGAUGCCUUCCUUGGCUCCAGAUCAAACCUGGAGGACUUACAAAGCACACCUGCCCUUGGUGACCCCUUUGCUUACACCUGUCCCAGUACCUCCUCUGACCCCAUCCCAAGUCAAGAUGUUUCUAAUGUAAAUGCAACACCAACCUUGGAAUCAGAGUCAGUCUCCCCAAGGCCCCAAUCACCAGAACCCAUGGAAGAAGACAAAGAUCAGUCCUCCACACCAGCAACACCAAAGCAAGACCAAGCAACUGUGCCUGAUGAUGACUCCAACAUGACGUCCACUUCGGAGACUGCUGACACUAUUACUGUUGAAGUAAGGGGUGCAUCACAGAGAGCUGCCACUUUUGUGAGGGAGACACGUCAGAGCUUUCACUUUGGUUCAUUUGGAAGGGAGGACCGGGUGGAAGGUGUUAAGAUUAGUGGACUGGCUUCAACUGAAGCACUGGAUGGUUCUGUCCCCAUCAACCUUGCCCCAACCCUUCCAUCUCCAAUGUCUCGUCCAGAGAAGAAGACCUAUUGCUGUGCUGAGUGUGGAAAAGAGUAUGCCAGUCGCAGUGGACUGAAGGGGCACAUGAAGCACCAUGGUGUGCUAACCAAAACAACACGCCCACCUGCCAGGAGUAGCCGUUCCUCUGCUGACCAACUUCCUUCUUCUACAUCUAUGACUUCCUUGAACAUUCCUGCCACCAGGAGCUCAGCAGGCUUCUGGAACCAGUACCAAGCCUUCCUCAACAGCAGUAACGAGCCAACUGAUGACCCAACAGCUGGCAGCCAAGGAGAGAAUGAGUCAGCACAGUCGACAAAAUCACCCAAGAGAUCUCAGAUGGAUCCAAGAGCCCCAGAGGAAGCUGGGGAAGAGUCUAGUGAGGGGUCAUAACUCGACUAUGAGGAAUCAGCUGGUUAACAUUCUGGUGUUUUCAAUCAAUGUUUACCUUUUGGUGAAACUGUAUGAACAUUUGCGUAGUACUGCUUCCUUAAUACAUUUCCAGUAGCCUGUCAGUUUGAUAGUCAGAGUAAUAUGUUUGUAUGUGAAAGUUGUGAGUCAGUCAGCUUGGUCUUGUGUUAAAAAAAAGGAGACAGCUAAUGUACAAAUAAAAUGAAAAUAAUCAAGAAGUAACAUAGUCAAGUUUUUGCUGGAUUUGAUGAUAAAGUGACACUACCUUUGUUUGGCUGAAGUUGUUAAUAGUUUGAUGCACCUUCUAUCAAAAAAAAAGUAUCCCCGUUGUAUCAAUGUAUCAUAUCAGACCUGGGUAAAAUAAUUUUGAGUUUUUGCUCUUUUCAGCAACAGGCACAGGUAGAUAAGACUUAUCACAUUUGAACUAAUUUGAUAUUAUUAGCUAAUGUGUGAGUCAUAGGAUAGUACACUUAAAGAUCUGUUUCAAAUAACAUGAAUGUCAGUAUGUAAACAAUGCGGUACUCAUUGUGUUGUGCCAUGUACCAAAUUUGAUCCACUGACACCAAAGGAGGCUCAAGCUAACCAAAAUUAAUUUCUUUGCCAAUGCUCCCAACCUAGGUCUGUUUCAUAUCUAAAAGAUUAUUUCCUUUUAGUCACAGAGGGAACUGACAAAAAUGAGGAAAUUAGGCAAGCUAAGUUUUGCUUUGUGAGAGCACACAAGGCCAACAAACUGAAUGUGUUUCUGUGGGGAAUAUUAAGUCUUUUGUCCCCCAUCUUGUGGUUCAGAUAAACUACUCACUGAUGUCAUUGUGAUUCACUUUUCACUAUAUUGUCCUGUCGAACCAGAAGCACAGCUGCAGUGUUUGUGAACCCAGUGAGGACAUGGUCUUGUGUGUGACCUUUGACCUUUAGCUUUGUGUAUAUUAUGAUUGUUGUUUGGUCCAAAUGUAAUAUCUGUAACACUUUUUCAGUUACUAAAACUUUAAGUUGCAAUAUAUAUAUAUCAGAAGUCUAUGUCUGUUUGUUGUAAGCUGUACUUUCAGUAUCUCCAUAUUAAAAACCAGU